AAUAAAGCUUAGUAACAGUCACAUGAUGAUUAGUCAUCAUGACUCAUAUUUUACUUUAUUUCACUCUCAUUACAUACGUUACAUUAUGUAACAUUACAUUACAUUACAUACAAGCUGUAGUGCUUAAUUCUGAUUUAUUCUGAUCUUGUUGUUGUUGUUUUUGUUGUUGUUGUUGUUUGUUUGUUUGUUUGUUUGUUUGUUCAGAUUCAUUUAUAAAUGUGGCCCAUAUCAGAUUCCAGUGUGAACAAGUCUGGACGAAUAUAGAGUGAUGUAAAAGUCACGUGAGCCCUGACUCAACUGAUUCACACAUUGUAAAAUAAUAAAAUAAAAUUCACAUAUUAGUUUAAAAUAAAAAGACCCAGAACGUUCUGGUUCGUUCAAGAAUGUUGGUUCUGUUUGUUGUUCUGUAGAGAACACUGUCACCUUAACAACCUGGAAAAUCAGGUCACAGGUCUUCGACGUCAGCAGACGUACGUACGUUACGUAAGGGGGCGUGGUCUUUUCACCACGGGGAAGUGGUUGUUGGUUGGUGUGAGACAGAGUAGGGUGGGUCUUAUAUUAACAGACAUGUCUCCUCCUGUCUCACUUCGUGGUGUCCACAGAACAGAACCCGGUCCAGAACUGUACGGUCGCUCUCUAACUUUCAGUCUGUCGGCUUCCUCACUUUAUUUUUAUGAGUCACUUCAGAAACUUCGUGUUUAGCUUCUGGUUUCUCUUCUGGACUUGGACUGUGUGUUUGACUGAGGGAGUGUGGACGUCCGAUGGAGGUCAGCCUCGUGUGGUCGGGUCUUUUCAGCCAAUCGUCACCGUUCUGGGCGAUGACGUCAUCCUGCCGUGCCGCCUGCAGCCUUCGUUAAACGUGGAGCGGCUGACGGUGGAGUGGUCGAGGCCCGACCUGAAGCCCGACCCCUCAGAUCGGCUCGGUCGGGUCAACUAUGUGCACCUUCACAGAGGCGGCCACGACAACCUUGACAUGAAGCUCCGGUCGUACGUCGGGAGGACGGAGCUCUCCAAGGACGGCCUGAAGAGCGGAGACAUCUCGCUCAAGAUCCUGAACGUGACGCUGGAGGACGGAGGGAGAUACAGAUGUUUAAUCCCGAAGUUAAAGGGCCCAGUGAAGGAAUCAGUUGUUACACUUGUUGUAGGUCAGCCUCGUGUGGUCGGGUCUCUUCAGCCAGUCGUCACUCACAUUGGCGAUGACGUCAUCUUGCCGUGCCGCCUGCAGCCUUCGUUAAACGUGGAGCGGCUGACGGUGGAGUGGUCGAGGCCCGACCUGAAGCCCGACCCCUCAGACUGGCUGACUCCGAUUGUGCACCUUCACAGAGGCGGCCACGAAAACACGGACAUGAAGCUCCGGUCGUACAUCGGGAGGACGGAGCUCUCCAAGGACGGCCUGAAGAGCGGAGACAUCUCGCUCAAGAUCCUGAACGUGACGCUGGAGGACGGAGGGAGAUACAGAUGUUUCAUCCCGAAGUUAAAGGGCCCAGUGAAGGAAUCAGUUGUUACACUUGUUGUAGAACCAAACUCUGUUCAAACGACGACAGAUGACAGAGAUCUCCAAACUCCAGAUCCAAACAAUGAGACGAACGUUAGAGCUGGUCGUUCCCAUCCUGGCGCUCUGAUCGUUGUGGUUGUCUGCGUCUUACUGGUCCUGGGUGGUGGAGUCGGUGGAUAUUUACUUAAACACAAGAAACAACAGAAAGUUCUGAAGUAUGACGAUGCCCCAAACAAACCAUCUCCAGUCUAGGUGCCUUGCUCACAGGCACAUUGGUAGUUGAUGUUAAUGGAGGUGAGAGUGUUUCCUGCUCUUGGAUCUGUCUCAUCAGUUCAGGGAUUCAAACCAGCAGCAGGUCCAGCUGCAAGUGAACCAGCUGGUUCAGCAGCAGUGAGACCUUCAGAUCUUGGAUCCUGGAGGAAGUCGACUUGCCUCUUGUGGACUUUCGUGAUCAGCAGCAGCACUUUGGACUCUUUUCUAUUAACAGAAAGACGUUGAACGUCAUUUCAGCACUACUUUAAAUCAUAGGUCAAAUUUUGCACAGACCUUCAUGGUGAAUACUGAGCAGAAUCAGAAUCAGAAUCAGGUUUAUUGCCAAGUAAGUUUUCAGAUAAGGAGGAAUUUGCCUUGGUACAUUGGUGCAUAGAAAUCAAGAUAAAAAUGAAAAUAAGAUUUUAAAAAAUAUAGACAAUAAAAAGAAGCUGUACAAAUGCAAACAGUGAGAGAAUAUGUAAAAAAUGGCCGGACACUUAAAUAAAUGAAUAAAGAGCUGAAUAGAAAUGUGCAUAACAAUGGACUGACAGGUCUGCAAGUUAACAGAGUGAAAUAUAUAAAGACAUUUGUAAUGUGCAAUAUAAAAAACAAGAAUGUAAUGUAUAUAUACAGGGUGGGUUUAAGAGCCAGUGUCAGUGGGGGUCCCGGGUCUUAUUGAUUAGAUUCAACUUUAUUGUCAUUGCACAAGUAGAGGUACUAGGCAAUGAAAUGCAGUUAAGCAUCUUACUAGAAGUACAAAGCAGUAAAGUAAAUGGACAGGUACUUGUAUAGCGCCUUUUGUAGUCUUCCGACCACUCAAAGUAUUAUUUAACAUUAUAGAUACAUAUAUGAAUAUACUAGCAGGAUAUUUACAGUAUGAACAGCAUUAACAGAAUGAACGGAGUGAGGUGAAUACAUUUUUUUUUAUUUCAUUUCAGCCUUUACUGGCUUUUUGAUUUUAAAUAAUAUUGAUAAUCAUUAUCAUAAUAAGCAUAAAAAUGCAUUGUUUUAUUUCAUUUAAAUUGCACAUUUUAUACAGAGGGUGUGGCUCAAAGUGAAUAACAGUAAGAGACACUUUCAGAAGUAUGUCAAUGUCACUAUUGCUAAAGUUCUUCUUGCAGCCUUUUAUGGUGGCAUCUCUCCAGUUGUUUGCCCUGUGCGAGUAUUUGCACACAGCACACCAACAGCAUCUGGAGUUGACUUUUCUUAUUUUUUUCCUACACAGAAAGGGGAGAAAAAUGUACGUGCAGUGUUAUGGACAUAGUAACUGAACAUUUUGAAUUAACCAUAGACCGAUUUGAUAUUGUACAUGCAGGUAUAUGCAACUCAUCAAGAAUGAGUGAAUCCUUAUGUUAACCUGUUUGUACUUUUAGUAUGUUGGAUUUGUCAUUUAUGGCACUAUUUCUUACUUUGUACUACAACUGCUGUCAAUACACAAUAAAAUAAAUUCUGUGUAGAAGAAAUAGAA